AUGGAAUUCGGCGGCGUCGUCCUCUCCACGCCCAAGGGCGCCACGACGGCCCCCAAGUUCCCCGUCGGCGCGCGCGUCUUCGGCGCCGCCCAGGGCGCCUACGCCACGCACCUCGCCUGCGGCGAGGCCAGCCUGCUCCCCGUGCCCGAGGGGUGGACCUUCGCCCAGGCCGCGGGGCUCUUCGUCACGGCGCCCACGGCCUUCGCGGCGCUGACGCUGCGCGCCAGCGUGCGGCCCGGCGAGACGGUCCUCGUGCACGCCGCGGCCGGCGGCGUCGGCCUCGCGGCCGUGCAGGUCGCCAAGGCGCUCGGCGCGACCGUCAUCGCGACCGCCUCGACGGAGCACAAGCGCGCCGUGGCGCGGUCCUUCGGCGCCGACCACGCCGUCUCCUACGCCGACCCCAAGACCUGGCCCGCCGAGGUGCGCGCCCUGACGCCCGGCGGAAGGGGGGUAGACGUCGUGUUCGACCCCGUCGGCGCCGUGGACCUGAGCACAAAGUGCACGGCCUGGAACGGGCGCAUCGUCGUCGUCGGCUUCGCGGCGGGCAGCAUCGAAAAGGUGGCCAUGAACAAGGUCCUGCUCAAGAACAUCUCGCUCGUGGGCCUGCACUGGGGCGCCUACGUCAAGAACGAGCCGCAGGCCAUCCCGGGCGUGUGGGAGGGCAUCCUGCGGCUCGUCAGGGCGGGCAAGUACCGCGGCACCGAGUUCACCGACCGCGAGUUCGUCGGGCUGGACUCGGUGAGCGAGGCGCUGGUUGCGCUCGGAGGGCGCGAGACGUGGGGCAAGGUGGUGGUCAAGAUCCCGCAGGAGGGUGGGAGCAAGCUGUGA